UUCCUUCCUCCAUGAUGGUCUCACCUAUCUCAUUGCUGAUUUGACGGAUGUGACACAAUUUGAUAUCGAGAUCGGGUGAUGUCGGAUAGUUAGCUUUAGUUCAGCUUGCACGGAGGAAGAUUUUGCUCGUGUUUUAUCGAACAAAGUUUGAGAUUACAUAUAUAUUUAGGUUGCGAACUGUGUGCGAGAGAACACAAGUUGGUCAAAAAGUAUGACGAAGAUACAGUAUCCCCAGGCCCGCAGGGAUGAAAGCGUUGUGGAUAAUUAUCAUGGUGUUGAGAUAGCAGAUCCUUAUAGAUGGCUGGAAGAUCCAGAUUCACCAGAAACAAAAGCUUUCAUUGAUGCUCAAAAUGCUAUUACUAGACCAUAUUUAGCUGCUUGCAAAGCGUAUGAUAGUAUUCAUGAAAGAUUAAAACAAUUAUGGGAUUUUCCAAAAUUCACAUGCCCUGCCAAACACGGUGAAAAAUAUUAUUUCUAUAAGAAUACUGGUUUACAAAACCAAAGUGUUUUAUAUGUACAAGAUACUCUUGAAAGUGAACCGCGAGUAUUUCUUGAUCCUAAUACAUUUUCUGAGGAUGGAACUGUGGCAAUUAAUAAUAGUAGUUUUAGUGAAGAUGGUAGCAUUUUUGCAUACGGAUUAUCUAAAAGUGGUUCUGAUUGGAGUACAAUCCAUUUUCUAAAUGCAAAAACUGGGGAAAAAUAUCUAGACAUUUUGGAGAAAGUAAAAUUUUCAUCAAUUACAUGGACUCACGACAAUCGUGGCAUUUUUUAUGGACAGUACCGAGAUCAACAAGGAAAAACUGAUGGUUCAGAAACGUCAAGCAAUCGAAAUCACAAAUUGUGUUAUCACGUUGUUGGCACAUCGCAAGCAGAUGAUGUUGUCGCAGUUGAGUUUCCGGAGGAACCAUUAUUGAGGAUAGGAGCACAUGUGUCUGAUUGUGGCAAUUGGCUUAUUGUUACUGCCCGAAAGGAUUGCAGAGACAAUUUAAUAUAUUUUGCGCCAUUAAAAGCUGGCGUUCCUAUAAGCAACAACUUACCAUUGACACAAAUUGUUGAUAAACUUGAAGCUGAUUAUGACUAUGUAACUAACAUUGAUAAUAAAGCUGUGUUUCGCACAAAUAAAAAUGCACCUAACUACAAGUUGAUAGCUGUAGAUUUGUUAGAUUAUGGGCAAGAAAAAUGGGUAGAUCUUUUACCAGAACAUUCUGACAAUGUGCUAGAUUGGGUUGAUGCUGUGGAUGGAAAUAAAUUUAUUGCUUGUUACAUACAAGAUGUUAAGAAUGUUUUGCAACUGCAUUGUUUGAACACUGGUAAGGUACUACGAACAUUCCCUCUUGAUCUUGGUACUAUUAUUGGUUUCACCGGCAAAAAGAAAUACUCUGAAAUAUUUUAUCAGUUUUCAUCAUUCCUAACGCCUGGCAUUAUAUACACGAUUGACUUGCAAAAAGAUCAAGAGCCACGAAUAUGGCGAGAAAUUAAAGUGAAGAACUUUGACGCGAGUUUAUACAAGACUAGUCAAGUAUUUUAUCCAAGCAAAGAUGGUACAAAGAUUCCCAUGUUUAUAGUAACAAAGAAGGAUGCCAUAUUGGACGGAAGUAUGCCAGCCUUACUUUAUGGAUACGGCGGUUUCAACGCUAGUAUCCAGCCAACAUUUAGCGUUACAAGACUUGUCUUUAUACAGCAUUUAAAUGGAGUGCUUGCUAUCCCUAAUGUUCGUGGAGGAGGCGAAUAUGGUGAAAGAUGGCACAAUGCGGGACGUUUUUUCAACAAGCAAAAUGUAUUCGAUGAUUUUCAAUAUGCAGCAAAAUAUCUUAUUGACAAUAAGUACACUACUUCGGCAAAACUAACAAUUGAAGGUGCUAGUAACGGUGGUUUGGCUGUUGCUGCUUGUAUAAAUCAAAGACCAGAUUUGUUCGGCGCAGCUAUACCUAUAGUUGGAGUCAUGGAUAUGCUCCGUUUUCAUAAAUUCACCAUUGGUUCUGCUUGGGUUUCGGAUUAUGGCAGUUCAGAUGAUUCUAAACAUUUCCAGAAUUUGUUGAAGUACUCUCCUUUGCAUAACGUGCGAGUACCGCCUGAUGACAUACAAUAUCCGGCAACAUUGCUUCUGACUGCUGAUCAUGAUGAUCGCGUCGUACCUUUACAUACUCUUAAAUUAACGGCGACUCUUCAGUAUACGCUUGGAAACUUACCGAAACAGACAAAUCCUUUACUUGCAAAAAUAGAUACUAAGGCGGGCCAUGGAGGUGGAAAACCAACUAUGAAAAUAAUUGAAGAAAAUACUGACAUUUUAGCAUUUAUUGUGCAAUCCUUGGGUUUGGAAUUUAAAGUGUAAUUAUAAUGCUUUUGAAGUAAUUAUAACAUUUUACACUUUAAAUCUUUGAAAAUAUCAAAAACUUGUAAUGUGAUAUGUUUUUGAAUCUAUUAUGCGAUUGCUGUAUGUUGCAAUGAGUUAAUGCGAAUUCUUCUAAUGUGUUUUGAGUGCAAAUUUUUUCAGGUGUUAGAAAUGAUGCAAACACUGUAAACUUGAUAAUGUCUUUAUAGUCAAAUAUAAAUGGAAACAUUUAUACCUUA